AUGGCACCUUCGUUUCCUAUUCUAAUUUUCCUACUGCUAACACUGUCGACUCACUUACUUCCACUGCAUGCAUUUAUGAAGCUGGUAGCUUACUGCUCGAAUAUGGAAUUCGAAAGUAAAGUGAAAAACAUUAACGUUUCCUUCAUAUCCCAUCGGCCCGAGUCGAUAACGGACCAGUCGUUCAAUUUUGGCGUGGAAAUUACCAGCCCGGUGCGAGAUUUAAAGCUCAGUUUAAUUUACUAUCCCAUCAUGAGGAACAGCACGACGAGGACGGCACUGUUCAAACGGACGGUUGAUAUGUGCUUUUACAUGCAGAAUCCCAACUCGGACCGCUUGCUGAGGGUGGUGUACGAUUAUGUACGCCAGCGCACGAACCUGCCGAAGCGAUGCCCCAUCCCAGCCGCUAGGUACUACAUACGAAACAUUAGACCGGCCGACGUCCCGGUACCGGCCUUUAUUCCUGAAACAGAAUUCAUGAUGGAGCUCAUCUAUCGCAACGAGGUAAAACGAGAAAUCAUGGUCGAGUUUCGUUGCUAUGGCAAGCUGGUAAGAAUUAUAGGAAGAAUUUAA